AUGCAGGCAGAUGGCGACUUCAUCAUCAUUAAGCAAUGGGUUAGCGAGGAUCUCCAGGAGGAGCUGUUCGGGCACACGCGGCGUUUACGGCAGGGGAAACUGAUUACAGAUCGAAUCACUGCAUCCCCCACUCUUUUCUCAAUUGAAGCCACCGCCGAAGACCAAUCCCCUUCGGACAGCGACGCGCGCAUUCUCUUGGGAAUCAAAAGCAUCGACUGGGCGAGUGAUUUACAGCAGCCUAAGCAUCUACGGUGGAUGCACCUAUCAGUUGAGGGGAUCGAAUUAGACGUUUUGCUGACCCGCGCCCUGGAGGCGUACGGACUCGAUAAACAUGAAGAGACUGGCGACUUGUCCUAUUUUAUCAAGCGCUUGUCGUCUUCCCAUGAGCGGUCAUCGUUUCAGGGUAAAAAGCUCCGAACAUUUGCGUUGGCAAUUUUAGAGGCUCAACUCCCUGGACACGAAAAGAAAACUCAGCUCAGUUUCAUGGCCAUUCCUUAUUUCAUGCUGCAGAACGCCGCGAAACGGAACGACCCUCUUCACCCAAGAGCUCACUGGACACAGCCUCUGGUUCAGUCGGCCUAUCACCUCGAUUCUUCCAUGGCCCGUGAGCAUCAGCAAGCAAUUCGACGAUUGUACAAUCGCAUCACUCAAAUCAUUCAUGUGCCCAAACUCUGGCUCUUGAGUAUCGGCGAUAAAUUCAUCGCAACAUGGUCGCCCACCCCUCCCUUUGACGGCCAGAGAUCACUGAUCGCCACACGUACAAUUGGAAGGGACCCGUUCCCUCCCACAAUCCGGAUAACCACCAAUUGGGUCUUUGCAUUCUGCAUCGAGCGCGCCCAGUGUAGUUCGUGGUUUAAAUUCUUAUCCCGAGUGCAGAACAAGGUAAAACGCCUUCAGGACGCGCGCAGAGACGCUGGAAACUGGGUAUACAGACUCCAGAGCGAUGGUAGCCUCAUCGAUGCGCAUCGCUGGCGGUCGCUAUUGCAAUCGCACUCGGACAAUGAGCUACUGUCUAUCCUCGCGUUUCCUAGAGAGCCAGAGUCCUCCAAACGGUUAACAAUUCCUAUUCCGCUUGAAGGAAAAUACUCCUCGGACACAUCGAAGACUGACGCCACCGCGUUCUGGCCCAGAGCUAGGGUCGAAAUCCUUAGUCCAAGGACACUGGAAGAUUACAAUAUACCUUAUCACUGGGAUUCUGGGGAACGAAAGCUUCUCAUUAUUGCCCAACCUGUUACGGAGCUGGAUCUAAAAUUUCUCUACGACCAUACGAGGCGACUACGUGCCACAGAGGCCAGUGAUGGUCCUCUGCGCCAGAACCCCGCGGACAUCGAGGAUCCGUACUACAGACCACCUGCAUACGUCCUGGAUGCGGCAAAGUCCCAGGCUGAGACGCAGAAAUCGCAGUCGCAUCGCUCCAAACAAACUACUCUGCAUCGGGAAACAACAGAUUGGUCUUCUCAGGUGGUGGCGGGAAAGGGAAGUAAUCCCAUCUUCAUGUGGCCUAUCAAGGAUGGCUCUAACGCAGGUUGGAGCGCCCGUGAUACGCUGGACAGUGAUCGUCCACUCGGAGACAGAGUUUUGAAUAAAAGCCCCGAUCCGCAUCAUCAAGUAUCCUCAGCGAACGAACCCACGCCCACCCAAUGGAUGAAAUCUCUGCUCGCCCACGCCCACCGCGAUAUCCUUUUCACUGACGACAUUCGCUCUGCGAAGAACUACAAUAACCUGCCGCUAAAAUCAAAGUCCGAUGUAGACAAACACAUCAUUAUCUUACGGGACAGGUACCUCGUGAAUAACCACAUCCUCUCUCUCAUUUCCUCGUUUGUGCGUCGCGUGAGCGACCUGCUGGAUUGUUUUAUAGCCGAGGACUAUGAUUGUAUUGUCAAGGGCAAAGCGUGGGCAGCAGUACAUGUUGUGCUUCUGUGUGACAUCUUCUCCAUCCCAUGGGGCGAAUUCAUCCAUCAGAUUCAGAAUCUACACGACGGACUAUCUGGUGCGGACUACUCUUAUAUCACGUAUUCCAUGAUGCGCGCAUUUGUUCAGAUCAUGUUGCUUCUCGCGGAUUCAGCGGCCGAAGCAUCUCGUCUCAUGACAGACAUUAAGGGCGCAAGUGACCGUAGCCAACAGGAUGACGAUGGCGGUAGAAAGGAGCAACUUCUGGACCCGAUCAGACCACCCAAUUUAAAAGACGAGUUUGGUAAGGCCAAAGAAAUGGAGGAGCCAUCGUCACCAAGGAGCAGUACUGAGGGGACAGAUAUCCAAGACAGCUGGGAAGAAACGAACCAUAUAACGCCGCCUAAGGAACAAGACCAAGUCACUGCAACCGCAGCGCCAAGUGACCAGCAAAACGAUUUCUCCAGGCACCUGAACAGACAUAUAGAUCUGAUCUUGUCUUAUUUUGAUCGUGCACAACACGAAUGCUGCGCAACGUUCCUUUCUGAAGAGGCUGAGUCAACAUACAACGAGAUAGACUGUGGGAGGAUAAUCGCUCAUAUUUUGGAUUCCGUCCUGCGGGGCCAUUCAACCUGUGAAUCGAUGCCUAUACUAGACAUCGAGGAAAUAUAUGCAACCUAUACAAACUCCCUGCAACUGCAGGCCCGAAAUAGACCCAGCAAAAACCUGCUCUUGGACAUUAACUUGCUUCGGGAAGAGCUCACGAUAAUCAGCGAUAAUAUCAGUGACCAGCUCGAUUUAAUCGAAGAGGGGUGUGAAGACUCUCCUGAUGACAGAGAAAGCUCUGAAAUCGACAAAGAGGAGCGCACACCUGUAACUUUUGAAUUACUUUUUGGUCCCACCCUUGAUGGCAAGCCGGUGAACAAUGUUUCCACCCGGAAUACGCUACAGGAGAUCCGGGCUCGUCUGCAAGAUACGCAGGAUAUAUUUGAGGAGCUGAUCAAGCGUGUCGAUCGUCUAGAGAAACAGAUCGUUCAACGCGUGGAUAUUAUCCAGGAAGACCAUGGCAAAGCGAUCCUCGUCUUCACCAUUGUCUCGACCAUCUUUCUCCCCCUUUCUUUCGUGACUAGCUACCUGGGCAUGAACACCGCGGAUAUUCGGAAUAUGGAGUUAAGCCAGGCACUGUUUUGGCAGGUUGCGGCUCCCUUCGCGGUGGUGGUGGUAUCUGUGGUUCUGAUAGUGGCAUAUAACGCUAACGACAUCCUUGCAAUCAUGAUAUCUCCCUGGAGAGUGGCAUGGCUCGGGCGUGUUGACUCAGAUGGUAUGACACCUCUGUCAUGGGCCUCAAAGGAAGGGCAUGAGGCAGUGGUGAAACUUCUUCUUGACACUGGAAAGGUGGAUGUCGAUUCCAAUGACUCAGACGGUUUGACACCUCUGUCAUGGGCCGCAAAAGAAGGGCAUGAGGCACUGGUGAAGCUGUUUCUUGACACUGGAAACGUGGAAGUAGAGUCCGAGGAUUCUGGUGACGAGUUUGAGGCAGUUAGGAAGCUGCUGGAGACAGAUUAG